UACUUAAAUGUACGUGUUUUAAUCGCAGGUAGUGACUAGAUCAGGCGUUUCAGAUCACAUUGAAAACAAAAAUGAAUAAAAGGCCGAUGUGGACUAUAGCUACACUCUUGGUGUGUUAUUACCAUGUUAUCGGUGCUAGAGGCUCAGACGUAGUGUUUGUGCUAGAUGGAUCAGGAAUCAUGGGAGAAGACAUGUUCAACAAGGGGAAAGAUCUUAUUGUACAGUUUGUUAAGUCUGUCACUAUUGGACCCAGCGACGUACAAGUGGGCCUAUAUAUUAACGAGUUCUUUCAUUUCGUUUUGAACACUUACAAUUCGGGUAACGAUGUCAUAGCAAAAUUAAACAACAUAAGUUAUCCGUCAGCACCUGAACAACAUGUAUGGCGUGCUUUGGAGUAUAUUAGAUGGUCAAUGUUCUGGGCUUAUAGCGGGAAGAGGUUCAACGUUUCGUCUUACAUCAUCUUCAUUUCAGACGGCAGUGGCAUUGAGGAAUACAUUAAUGAAGACGUCCUCGAUAUGAGUAAAAAAGGAGUGAUUUUUUACGGUGUAUGGAACGGAAACUUUAAGGUUUCCUCUUUUUCGGCUAAUUUCGACCUGAGAUCCGUUGAAGUGAGCGUUAUUGCCGGGAACAUCGCUGCUAGUGUAACCAAUACACAACAAGGUGAAGAUAUCGUGUUUCUCGUGGAUGGCUCCAGCAACGAAGUAGUUGAAAUUUCGUGGAAUUUCAUAUGUGGGUUUGCUAACUACCUUUCUAUUGGUCCUCAGUCGAACCAAAUUGGACUAAUAUAUUACACAAAUUUUACCGAUGGUUACUUCUAUUUGGACAAGUACACAUCUGACGACUUAGAUACAUUGAUAUCACCCUGUGGGUUUGGUUCCACUAACAUUGAAAAUUCCAAAAUGGCAUUUCAGUUCAUCAUAUACGAUAUGUUUGCUUUGAACAAUGGUAAACGAUUUAAUACAGAUACAAACAUCAUUGUCCUAUCUGAUGGUGAAUCUACUUAUGAUUCGCCACCUGAGGCAAAUACGUUGAAGGAAAAGGGUGUGACGAUAUUUACGAUAGGAACGAAUAUUCAUAGCAACCUUUCAUUCUUACAAACGUUGGCAUCGAGCAGCAAACAUCACUUCUCAUUGUACGGGCGUCAGGAUAUUGACGUUAUAAAGGACAUACUGGCCAUUGCAGGCAUAGGAUACAGCCUUCCCGUAACGGAACCGGACUGUUACACGGAUCCAGUUUCUGGCGAAGAAAUCGUGUUUCUCGUGGAUGGCUCGAGUAGUAUGGGUUACGAAGGAUUUGAAAGGUCGUGGAAUUUUAUAUGUUCGUUUGCUGGCUACCUUAGCAUUGGACCUCUCGCGAAUCAAAUUGGUUUAAUAGCGUACACAAAUAUUACCGGAGGUUACUUCCUUUUGAACGAGUAUACAUCCGAAGAAACGUUGAUUGCAGCACUAUCAUCACGUCGGUUAAGUUACGCUUACUCCGCCAAAACUUCUCAAUCGACCUUUAGGUGCAUUGACAACAACUUAUUAACAUUCUGCAGCGGGAAACGUUUACUCACAGAAGCAAACAUAAUUGUUCUUUCUGAUGGAUCUGUUAACGAAACGUAUGAGGCAGAUGUUUUGAAGGCAAAAGGGGUGACGAUAUUCAGUGUCCAAGUGACAAGCCAAAGCGACUCAUCAUAUUCACAAACGUACGCCUCUAGCAGCGAACACCACUUUUCGUUGUACGAAAACGAUACGACUGACGUUAUAAAGGCCAUCCUGAACAUGGCAGACAUAGAAUACACUAUUCCCAUAACGGCGCCAAACUGUAUACCAGUUUCUGGAGAGGAUUUUGUGUUCCUGAUUGAUGGUUCUUCCAGUAUGGGCUACGGGGGAUUUCGAAUGUCGUUGAAUUUCAUAUGUUCGUUUGCUGGCUCGAUUACCACAGGACCUUACUCCAAUCAAAUCGGUGUUGUAAUUUAUACUGACAAUACCAUAAAGACAAUCCCUAUGAAUGAUUAUAAAUCUGAUGACAUGGCAUCUCUUCGGUUUCCUUGUUCUAGCAGCAAAAACUUAACAACGGCUCUUCUUCAUGUCCAAAGUGAUAUGCUUACUCCGUGCCGUGGUAAACGAUUAAACGUUCAUACAAACAUAAUUGUCCUCUCUGAUGGUGAAUCUACUCACGAAUCGCUAGAUGAGGCAUACAAGUUGAAGGAAAAGGGUGUGACGAUCUUCACCUUGGAAACGAAUGCCCAUAGCAAUUCUUUAGCUUUACAAAUGUUGUCAUCGAGCAGAAAACAUCACUUGGAGUUAUACAAAACUGAAAAGAGGGACGUUAUAAAGACAAUCCUGGACAUUGCAGGCAUAGAAUACAGUUUUCCCAUAUUGGCACCAGACUGUCCUCACGGAAUUGACAUGAUCACGAUUGUAUUGGGUUCUGUAUUACCUUUAGUUGCAACAAUCAUUGGCGGUUUAGUCUUGUACAAAUUGUGGAAAACAAAUAAGCCAAAGCCUCCAGAAAACUGUGACAUGGCUCCUCUUGGUUGCUACACAUGGGAUCUGCUGCUUGUUGUUGAUCAGAAGGACGCCGCCAUGGUGCUGUCUGAGUCAGUCAUACACACACUAAGAACUUUGAGGCCAAGACAGGGUAUAAAACGAACGGAUAACAUGAAUGAACAUGUGUAUGGAGUGGAAUGA